AUGCGAUUCUCAAUCUUAGCUAUCCUCGCUGCUGCUUCGGCGGUCUCCGUCUCUGCCAAACCAGCUGAUUAUGGGAAUUAUGGUGCUUAUGGCGCGUAUGGCGCGUAUGGCGCGUAUGGCAACUACCAGAACUAUCCAGGUGCUCCCUCUUCAACAAAGCAGACUUCCACAACCACGUCGACUUCCACCUCCUCCUCCACAUCGAAGCUCCCCUCCGCAACCCCAACUCCCAUCUCUUAUGGAAACUACGGCUCGUAUGGUGCGUACAAGCGUGAAGCUGGGGCUGCUGCCGUUCCCGAAGCAGAGUUCGUCAAGAAGAGAGCCGACUACGGCCAAUACGGAGGCAAGUAG